GAGGUCGCCAGAAAGCUCCCUCCCCCGACUUCGCCAUCUUUCUCGUGACUCACUAUCGUAAACACACCUGUAGUGCACGUAGUUUUUGGAGCGCUCUUUUUGGGCUGUUCCCCCCACAGGCUGUCUGACUUCCGGAUUCCCAAAUUCUGCACCCCAAUUGCCCCGGGAAUGAAAAACUCGAAUAAUUCAUAAACAGACAGCGAGGAAUUGCAAAUGAGUUGAUCUACAUUGGAAAUUACGAGUCAAAGACAAUUAAAGCCGUCGGAGUCCAGGAAGAUCCGUCGCAAUGCGUAAAUUUGAUUAUAUCGAUUCUGCCAACAGCUUAAAUAUGAAGCGACGCACGUUGGCAGGAAACUGUGGUGUGGGUGUUUUUGUGCUCGGUCUCGUGGCUGUUGUGAUUGCAUUCUCCACACCCAGUUGGCUUGUCAGCGACUACAGGAUCACUGGGGCCAAGCUCGAUCGUCUUGGGCUCUGGGUGCAUUGCUUCAGAUCCCUCCCGGAUGUCAAUGAUGACUAUCAGAGGAGAUUUUUCGUGGGAUGCCGAUGGGUAUAUGAUCCCUUCACGACAGGAUACGAUGAAAUUCGUGGAUUUCUCUUACCAGCCUUCAUGAUAAUUACGCAAUUUUUCUUCACACUCUGCAUGAUUGGUGUUCUCGUGGGACUUGUUUUGGUUCUCCUUUUCUUCCUAUGUGCUGGUCCCGAUCAAAAACGUUUUGUCCUUUUGAUUAAGAUUAUUAGUUGGUUGCUCCUUGGAACGGGCAUUUGUGGCUGUAUUGCUGUCAUUACAUUUGCUUGUUUCGCAAAUCGCGAUAGGUGGAUGCCAGAACAUGCCAAUAACUUUUUCGGAUGGUCAUUUGGUUUAGCUGUGGCAGGUUCAGUUACCAUUCUCAUUGCCGCAUCACUAUUCUUCACAGAAACCACAGUUCAGGGAAAAAAGAGGAAACAACUCAAAGAAUCUCAGGCAAAAUUUGAACUAGAGCAUGAAUCAAAAGCGUAGAAAUAUCUUAAUUUACGGAAAAUUUAGCAACCUACAUCAGGGUGACCAAAUGAUUUAUUCUAGGGAGGAUAAAAUGAGAACCUCAACAGCGAAAUGACAAACGUAUUGUUCGUUAGAUCUGUGCCACACACGGGGAAACAUUUUUUAAAUUGGCGCACCACAUUAUUUCAUCACAUCUUGUAGGUAUAUUCUCGAAGGAAUAUACAAAACAAUAAUGUUCACCUUCAUUCUGGUGCACUUUAAAUUUUUCUUUAAUGUAUUAUUUUGAAUCUCUUAUACACCACAAAUGAACGUGACGCUUCCAGAUCUUUGACCUAUUUUUUUGCGAAAUUGAUUCCGUCCAAUUGAAGUACUUUUAUGACUAGUAGGACUAGUAGAUAGUGUGUAAUUUGUACCUAUGGGUAAUCUAUUUUAUACAGUAGAUGCAAAUAAUAUUUGUAAAUAAGAAUAAGGAAUAUUUGACUAAAUAGUUGUAAUUUGUAAUCAUAUCCCAAAUGUUUUGGGUCUAAGAAGCUGCCUUGUGUAAGAUUGUAACGACAAAUCUUUGAAUUUUUAUAAUUACAAAUUUUUUUAAGGACAAAAAGAAAAUUUUAAAUGUAAAAUCGGAAAUAAAAAAUUAUAAUGAAAACGUA